UUUCAUUUUCAGUCACAUGAUUUAUCACAUGACUCACCAGCAGUGAAACAAAUCCGGAAAAUGGGUGGAAUGGAAUACGCACCGUAAAUUAAUCCCAGAACUGUUCUUGAAUGAAUUAGGUUAUUUACUUGUGACAAUUAUGGAGCCAUUAUUUGUCAUAUCAUUCUUGUGUGGAACCAUCAUGUCCAUCUCGCUUUUUUCUUUGAGCUUGUUGUUGCCCUCUCCUCGGAUUCUUGUGGCUGCUGAUUCUGUGGACAGUGACAAGUGGAUGCCGGGGAGCUCCGGCGUGGAUCUACAUUCCAUUUCCCGUGAAGAGGGCUCUUUAUUCGUCAAUCCGCCUGGCUUAAAGUUAAAUUCAAAUUCAAAAGGACAAGGCCAAGCAGCCAUUGAUAAUUUGAAUCCUCUUGCAUGUACUCAAGAACAUAUUUUAGUUGACAUUGACAACUUGCCGGUGGAUUUUACGAAGUGCCAUCACAGAAAAGAACUAUUAAGUGCAUACAGCAAUGCUUCCUCAGCAUUCAUUGAAUGUGCAGUUAAGAAUGCAAAGCCGGUUUUGUAUUGUGGACAUUGUGUAUUGGAGUUUGACUUAUCAAGGAAAGCGUGGAGUAAUAUUGAAAAUGAUGAAGAAUGCAAGGAAGACAUACUUGUUUCUGAUAAACUGCAGAUUGUGAGUCAAACACAAGCUUUCCUCACUCAGCUGUGGCGUGAUGGGAAUUGUCAAAAUUGCUAUGCUGAAAAUCUGAACUUUAAUGCAACCAACUCAACUCAAGAAUUCCUCAAGAACUAUAAUGACACAAUGACCUGCUUUUUGAACAAUGGCGGAUGCUCUGAUGAUCCUGUACCAGUCGGCUCAAAUAUGACAUUAUGUGAUAAUUGCAGUAAGGAAUAUGACACACUGAAUGCCCUGUACAAUGACCUUAGCGACGACCAACUUUGUAUGGACAUCAUAGACUUGAUGAAUCGCACCCGCAUCAUGUGGAAAGACAAUCACUGUCGGAAGAUAGAAAGAGAGUUUUUAGCUGUAGUAACCCUAAGCGUCUUUGUCUGUAUAUUGCCAUUAUUCUUUUACAUUGCUGCAAUGCUGCAUGGGACGAAAAAACAACAAAGACUUGUAGAAAAAUCCAAAGAAAGGAAACGGAGGUCACUAUCAGCUUCAGCAAGACUCUAUGCUGGGACGACAACUUCCCUACGCUGAUUAAUGUACGUCAUUUAGUAAUAUGCCUUAAGACUCCAAAGGAAAUCAGCGAAUGUCACCACGGUGUCAUGUUAAAGCAUCAUACUUUAUUUUUGUUUGAGACAAAAUACAAGGACUCAAUAGACACUGGAGGCAGUACUUAAAGCCGAGACAACAAUGUUUCUUCACGAGUAUACUUCUCAAAUUGUUUGUUAAGGCUACUCAAAGGAAAAAAAAGUGGCCACAUUCCUUUUAAUUGGAAACAGUUUUGAUGGCCACUAAAGACAGGUUUUUGCUAAAGAUAGGAAGCUGCUAAGGCAGGUUUUACUCGAUUGUACUUCAGCAUUUAUUAAUCUGCCUUAAAUUUGAGAACAUUCCAUCUUGAGUUAAC